AUCGGCUAGUAAUGUCUGAGUGUAACACUUGAGGGACAGCAAAUUCUGUACCGGCCGAAAGGAUUGUCGAUAAAUAUUUGAUCUUUUAAAGAAUUGGUCACGUCAGAACAACAAACACCUCCCGAUUCGCCCAAUGCCAGGCAGAAUGUCAGCAUGGCUACAGGCCCUGCUCUGCCAGACAGCCUGGUGCUGGAGAUCUUCCUGCACCUUCCCCAUGACGCGGUGCUGAGCGCCGGGCUCACCUGCCACCAGUGGCUGGCCGUGUCCCGGGACGAGUUCCUGUGGAGAGAGCUCUUCUACAGCUACUACCGAAUCCCCCGCUCUGUCCCCCGCCACCCAGCGGCAGUGUCCUGGUACAGGGAGUUUAAGCGACUGUUUGACUGUAUCCCGUGUGUGGAGGUGCAGACCCUGAAGGAGCACCAUGACCAGGUCCUGCAUCUGGCCUUCUCCCACCAAGGCCAUCGCUUCUCCUCCUGCUCCAAGGACUGCACCGUCAAGCUGUGGGAUACGGAGCGGCCCGAUGGGACGAUCGCGCUCGUGCACAGCUCCAGCAUGCGCCAGUUUAACUGGGGCUACACCCAGUUCUCCCAGUUCAACGCCGACGACAGCCUGCUACUGGUGUCGGGGGUCUACCUGGGACCCCAGCAGUCCUCAUCUGGGGAGAUCGCUGUCAUCAGCCUCGAGAACUACACCCUCCUGUCCCGUGUGAGGAACAAGCCCUAUGAUGUUUUUGGCUGCUGGCUGAACGAGACGCACCUCAUCUCGGGGAACCUGCACUGGAUCGGGAACAUGACCUCGUGCUCUGUUCUGUGGCUCAACAAGGCUUUCCAGGAUGUGGAGUCGGAGAACUUGAACGUGGUGAAGCGUCUCUUUAAGAUCCAGAACAUGAACGCCAGCACCAUCCGCACCGUCAUGGUGGCGCACAGCCAGAGGCACGACUCCCCUGACCUGCUGCUGGACUACGAGGCCCAGUCCCAGGCCCGGGCCGAACAGGAGCGCCUUGGCCAGCGCCACCAGCCCCUGCUCUUCGACCUGGGCGACAGUGAGGAGGAAGAGGAGGAGGAAGGGGAGGGGGGCGAGGAAGAGGAGGGGGAGGGCCAGAUGUACCCACGCCCCCCCCACUACGGCCAGAACCUGAGGCUUGGUCACAUGAUACAGGGCCGGUGCAGUGCAGCGGAAAGGGAGAGGGAACUUGAAUCCAGGGUGGCUGAGUUUUUGGGAAAGACUCGAACCCGUCGCCCUGACUCCUCGCUGCUCACCCCCUCCCCAUCAGGAGAGGCGGAGGACAAAACCUACCUCCUCUUCACCACCGGCAGCCUUACCUACGCCCCUCACCAGAUAGGGAUCAAGCGGAUCUGGCCGGAUCAGAUGAGCACCUGUGGGCCGGUCCUGGGGAAGGAGCGCAGCUCAGAGGAGUUCUUUGAUUCGCUGGAUCAUGUGAUUGACAUUCACGGCCACAUCAUCGGCAUGGGCCUCUCCCCCGACCACAGGUACCUGUACGUGAACAGCCGGGCGUGGCCGGCGAACUGCGUGAUCUCGGACCCCAUGUCGCCGCCGCCCAUCGCCGAGGAGAUCGACCUGCACGUCAUCGACCUGAAGAGCCUGCGCGAGGAGAGGCGGAGCUUACGCGCCCACCGCGCCUUCACGCCCAACGACGAGUGCUUCUUCAUCUUCCUCGACGUCAGCCGGGACUUCGUCGCCAGCGGCGCGGAGGACAAGCACGGCUACAUCUGGGACCGCCACUACAACAUCUGCCUGGCCCGCCUGCAGCACGAGGACGUGGUGAACUCCGUGGCCUUCAGCCCGGCCGACCAGGAGCUGCUCCUGACGGCCAGCGACGACGCCGCCAUCAAGGUGUGGCGCUCCCCGCGCAUGCUGCGGCUGUCCCAGGCGGCGCCCUCCCGCCACCGGCCCUCCCGGCUGCUGGAGAGGCGCAGGGCGGAGGCCGGCGGCCUCAACGGCAAGCUGUGAGCCGCUGCGGCCCGGAGGGGCCCGGGGAGGGACCGCCCCCCGCCCGUCUGGCUCUCGCUCGCUCCAGCGCUCCGGGAACGCCCCGUUGGGAACCCCGUUCGGCUCUUCUUCGCCCCGCUCCCUCCCCCUCAUCCUCUUUUCUCCAAGACUCAGUGGCCAACCGGAGCCUGUAGGGCAACACGUCGGCCGCAAGGAGGCGCCACAGUGACACAAGUCCAGCCGGGGGGGGGCCCCUCCCCGCUCAGUGCUCCCUCCAGCGAGAGUAUCUGGUCUUCUGUGAUUGGUCUGCCAGGUAACGCCCCUUUCACCGAGCUCGACGUAUCACAAUACAGAUCGUAUGCCAGGAGAGACCUCAUCCCGAUAUGUAACGUAUCCCAGAGAGACCGUAUCCCAGAGAGACCUCAUCCCAAUACAGAAAUGUAUCCCAGAGUAUCCAAGGGAGAUGUGCUCGGGGCGUGGACAGCGACUGGCCUGAACCUGGGAGACUGCCUGUGCCAGCGUGGUUUAAUUUACUGGUUUAUUUUUCCAUUGCUGCAGCUGUGGUGUAUAUUCACACUCUCAAGCACACACGCACACACAGGUCCUUUUUACAUUCAUCCUUUUACCUACAAGAAUUUAGGAAUGCAAUCGUGAACUAGAGAGGGGUGAGUCCGUAGACAUUAUCAGAGUGAACACUAUCGCAACGUGCAUGUAGUCACACACACAGUAGAGUGAGCGCACACUGACUUGUCCCCACAAAGCACGUUUUCUGGCAAAGUCGGGUACGAGUUGUUCAGAGUGUGGCCCUGCUUUUCACUACACUUCUUCAGACCUCCGGUUUCCCCUCAUAAUCCACCAAUUCCUCGCAUAACUGACAAAUGUUUAGGCCUCAGAUUAUGAAACGGGGCCGCAGGCUACUGUAUGAGCUGGGUUCAGUUCUUAAAGAGAUGCGACCUGUGUAUAGAGCAGCCAUGACCCGUUGAACUGCUACUCUUGUGCCUCCUCUGUGGACAGCACAGACAUGGCUAGGGUUUGGGUGGAAAGGGUUAGAGUUAGGCUGAUACAGGCUAGUUAGGGUUUGGGUGGAAAGGGUUAGAGUUAGGCUGGUACAGGCUAGUUAGGGUUUGGGUGGAAAGGGUUAGAGUUAGGCUGGUACAGGCUAGUUAGGGUUUGGGUGGUUAGGGUUGGAGUUAGGAUUUGGGUUAGUGAGGUACAUGUUACAGUUAGGGUUUAGGUUAGGGUUACUGUUAAGAUUAGGGUUUGGGAAUUAGGGUUUUGGAGUUACGUUUCGGGAGUUAGGGUUAGGUUAGGUUGAUGGUUAGGGUUUUGGAAUUAUGUCAAUGGUUGGCACUGUACAAUUGAUGCUUCUCAUUCACCCAUUCUCACACACACACACACACACACCCACACACCAACGGCAAUUGGCUGCCAUGCAAGGCACCAACCAGCUCAUCAGGAGUAUUUAGGGGUUAGUUGUCUUGCCCGGGGACACACCCAGGUAAGGAUCGAACCGGCAACCCCCCGACUGCCAGGCGACUGCUCUUACCGCCUGAGCCACUGUCACCCCAUGUAGGUUCAUGUUAGGGUUAGGUUAGGGUUCGAGAGAUAAGGAUGUUGGUCACAGUUCGGGGCAGGGAGUUUAGGGAUUGGGGUGAGGUUGGCACUCAUUAACAGUGAGUGAAUGGUGUGCACUCUAUGGAUUGACUGGAGGUUGGCCUACGGAAAGCUGCUGUUCUGGUGUGGCAGGUGAUACAUUACCCUGAGCGAGGGUGUAAUCUUCAUCCUGCUCAUCAGCUCAAAUACCCCUGCCUCCCUCCCCCGGCUGCUGUUCAGAGCAUAACCACAGACGUCAUAUCCAUUGGUAUCCCAGCAACAGCCUCUGCCCCCACCCCCCUCAGCGUGACUAGACCUCCCUGUCAGUCAGGCCGCCGGUCAUAUCACAGGAUCCCAUAACAUCUCCAGGUCCUCCUACUGCAUUAUGUGAGUUGUGUGUAAAUGGAUCUCACCUGUAAAUGGCAGGCAUUUAUAUAGCGCCUUUAUCCAAAGUGCUGUACAAUUGAUGCUUCUCCAUUCAGCCAUUCAUACACACACUCACACACUCAUGGCAAUUGGCUGCCAUACAAGGCCGACCAGCUCAUCAGGAGCAUUUAGGGGUUAGGUGUCUUGCUCAGGGACACUUCGACACAGCCCGGGCGGGGGAUCGAACAGGCAACCCUCCGACUGCCAGACGAUUGCUCUUACUGCCUGAGCCAUGUCGCCCCUGUGUGUGUGAGCGACCGAGUAUGUAAGCAAGCGAGUGAAGUGAGCGAAUCCGUGUGUGUGUGUGUGUGUGUUACGACUGAGUGUGCGAGUACACUGUGUAUGUGUGACUGUGUGUGUGUGCAACAGUGUAUGAGUACGCGCACGUGUGUGUGCGCGCGCGUGACUGAUUGUACGAGUGCGUGUAUGACUGUGUGUGUGUGUGUGUGUAUAUGUAUGUGUGCGUGACUGAUUGUACGAGUGCGUGUAUGACUGUGUGUGUGCGUGUGCGUGACUGAUUGUACGAGUGCGUGUAUGACUGAGUGUGUAUGUGUGUGCGUGCGUGACUGAUUGUACAAGUGCGUGUAUGACAGUGCGUAUGUGUGUGUGUGUCUGUGUGCGUGACUGAUUGUACGAGUGCGUUUAUGACUGAGUGUGUAUGUAUGUGUGUGCGUGACUGAUUGUACGAGUGCGUGUAUGACAGUGUGUAUGUAUGUGUGUGUCUGUGUGUGCGUGACUGAUUGUACGAGUGCGUUUAUGACUGAGUGUGUAUGUAUGUGCGUGCGUGACUGAUUGUACGAGUGCGUGUAUGACAGUGUGUAUGUGUGUGUGUGUGUCUGUGUGUGCGUGACUGAUUGUACGAGUGCGUUUAUGACUGAGUGUGUAUGUAUGUGUGUGCGUGACUGAUUGUACGAGUGCGUGUAUGACAGUGUGUAUGUAUGUGUGUGUCUGUGUGUGCGUGACUGAUUGUACGAGUGCGUGUAUGACAGUGUGUAUGUAUGUGUGUGUCUGUGUGUGCGUGACUGAUUGUACGAGUGUGUGGGUGGGGCAGCUCACAGAUUAAAUCUGACAUUUGGCUGUCAUUCGAUGGCGUUUACAGGUCAUACUCUUACAGGUAUAACCCUUCCCCUGAUGUGUCAGGCGGCGAGCUGUUCCACAGACUGAUGCAAGCCUUGCCUACUUUAUUUAAAAUAAAAAUCCCUUUGGGAACACAGAUUUCAUUCUCGUAUCUCUCCUACAGAAAGCACACCACACAAAUCACCAAGCUCACAGUUGUCUUGUUUUUAUUUGUUUUAUUGUAUAGAAGUAUGGAAGUUCAGCUAGAUAGUGAAAUAUUAAAAAUCAUACCCAUGCAA